CUUUCCAAAAUCAUAUCUUAAAGUAUGUUGUUCAUUGGUAUUUUCAAAUUUGCUGCUGGGAUGACGACGAGCCUCUCGGGCUUGGGCGACGAGCUCCUGGCGCACGUCCUGAGCUUCGCCGCGCCGAGGGACGUCGAGUCUCUCACUGUGGCGUCAUCUGUGGUCGCUCGCGACGUGGUGCCGCAGUUUCCGAUCAUCUGGAAGAACAUUUUUCGACGGCGCUGGGAGGCGCUCAACUACCCACUGGAUAGCAACGCGCUGUUGCAGAUUAACGAGAACUUGGAUGCUCUGUUCCCAAGGUAACUUUCAUUUAUUUUUUUAUAUUAACAAUUAUAAUUGGCAACGUUGGGGUGAAUAUUACAGUUCGUGUACUGAGAGUCGAAAAUUCCAGUUGCUGGCCCACGCCAUUAUCCCCGUACCGUCCUAUGCUGAUAUAAGAGAGACACAGAAAGCUCUGGGAUACACAGAUGCAUACCAUCGCAUUGUUUCUCUACAGGCGCCAGAAUUGAGAGAAUCACACUCGGUCGAUUUUGCUCUGGAUGGAGGCAUGCUGGGGGACGACCGAUGUGUUCGGGCAAAUAUGCCGUUCCCGACGACAUUUCAUGUCGCGGUAUAUAAGCGUAACCCAACAGAAGAGGACACAGCACAAGGACACACACAGCCAGUGUAUCAAGUCGGCGUGGUUCCAGGAGGAUACUUCGAGCUGAGUCUGUCGAAACGACAGCACCGACACGCUAGAGUGCCUUCCAUGUCUGGCCAGGAAGUUAUGACGUCCAUUGGUCUGGUGAACGCAAAGUUCCCGCUGGUGGGCAAGCAACCAGGGUGGACACGAAGAUCGCACGGAUAUCACGGUGAUGAUGGGCGAUAUUAUCAUGGAACUCCUUUUGAGGGUCGGCCCUUUGGUCCGAUGUUCAAGUCUGGCAGCACAGUCGGUUGCGGAGUACGCAUCAACCCGAGGACAGGGACAAUUUUUGCGUUUUUCACAAACAAUGGUGAGCUAAUAUCCGGCGAAGAUGGUGCGUAUGUGGAGUGCGAACAUCGAAACUGGUACCCGGCGGUCGGACUGGACUCGUACGACGCGUUGCAUCUUAACUUUGGACAGGAACCUUUCGUGUACAGCGCUAUCGCAGAUGAGCUGUUCGAAGAGUGCAAUGAUAUGGCGACUACCGUCUCGGAGCAGCUGCAGUGGUACGAUAUCAGUGAUUCAGACGGUGAGAGUUCUGAAGAUGAAGAGAACGACGAUAACAAUGAUUCAGGAGAUAGCUUUGGUUCGAACGUGUCCGAUGAGGAGGUUAGCGCCAGAUUGAUCAUGCGCAUUCUUGCCAUGCGUCGAGCAGGGACGGACGUUGCUUAACGCUGAUAUCGAAUCUCUCGCUUUCAGUUAGUUUGACUUUGCAUGGUCUGAAUUGAUCAUCACAACCUCAGAUAACACGCAUAAAAAAAUAAGGUUGAUGCGUUGGAAACUGGUUUGCACAUGGGAGCGCGUGCGCGCGCAAACAUAAAUGGAUGCUCAUGGCUACAGACGGACCUCCGCGUACCUAGCGCAGGUUACCUAGCUGGGGAGGGCGCCUUGAAGGGGAGAGCUCCGUCCAGAGCCCGAGCAACGAGGAGAAGAAGAUUGGUGGCGUGCUUCGAAGAAGAUCUGCGAAACAGUCCACUUCAAUGUCCAGAAGGACUGUACAGAAUUCCAUGAAUAUCUGUAAUGGUUUUUACUACAUGUAUAGUAAAGAAAUGCUUUGUUAAAC